AUGUCGGCCAGUGAUUGGGACGAAAUCAAAAGAUUGGCAGCAGAUUUUCAGCGCGCCCAGCUCAGCAGUACUGUUCAAAAACUAUCGGACAGAAACUGUAUUGAAAUAGUUAACAAGCUCCUUGAACUUAAUCUACUUGAUGUCAUCUACACAGCAGACGGAAAGGAGUAUCUGACCCCGCAGGAGAUCAACAAGGAGAUCCGAGAGGAAUUGGACGUCAGAGGAGGUCGAAUUAACCUUGUUGAUUUGCAACAAGCCAUUAAUGUCGACUUCAGCCACAUAGAGAGUAAAGUCAAUGACAUUGUCAGGAGUGAUAGAAGUUUGACCCUUGUCCUUGGCCAGCUUAUUGACCAGAGUUACUCGGACAAGCUAGCCGAGGAGAUAAAUGAUAAGCUACAAGAGCAGGGCCAGCUUACCAUCGCUGAGCUUACCAAGCAGUAUGACUUGCCGGCAGAGUUUCUUAGAGAGUUGGUUGAAGAUCAGCUUGGAUCCGUCAUUGAGGGUCAGAUAGAUGAUUCAGACCGGAACAUUAUUUUCACGGAACAGUUUGUAAACCGUCACAAGGCAAAGAUUAGAGGUGCCUUCAUUGCAGUUACCAGACCUGUAACAAUGACCAACAUCAUCCAUCAUUACAAGUUACAAGAGCGGCUCUUCUACAGGAUCAUUGAAGAUCUGAUUGCCACUGGUUGCCUUGCCGGUAGCAUCAGUGGAGGUCGGCGAGAGAAAGCACUCUACAUUCCAGACAUUUACACCAAAACGCAAAGCCAGUGGGUCGAUUCUUUCUAUCGGCAGAAUGGAUAUCUAGAAUAUGAUGCGUUAAGUCGACUAGGCAUCACAGACGCCAAGAGCUACAUCAAGAAACAUUUCAAGGGGGAGUCGCUGAUCUAUCUCCAGUCUUGUUGCGUGGGGCCGACGAUUUCCGACCAGGUGGAGGCGACCGUUGACGAGGCCCUGAGGACAGCUUCGUGGGUCGACAUCAUGCCGAUUCUUCCCUCUUCCAUCAGCAUGAGUGAUGCUGCCUUACUUCUGCAACAGAUCCUCAAAUCAAAGAAAGACAUCUCCAUGUUCUGUGAUACUGUUGCCGCAAGCGACAAGUUCAUUUCUUCUUGCAAGAAACCAUUCAUGGAUAUGAUGGGGCCCAAAGCCGAAAAGGCGGUGAAGGAAAACCCCGCCCUCCUGAUGCCAGAAGGAGAUAAGAAGCAGCACCUUCAGAGGCUGGCCGGCAUAGAUGACGGCAGCUCGGGCAAGGACGAUAGGAAAGACCAACGGAAAAAGAAAGCAGCCAGUUCUAGUAAAAGUGGUGGGGGCACCCAAGGUCGCGAGGUCAAAUCUAAAUCCACCAAGAAGAAGUUCAAAGGUCACGGUGGAGGGGCUGUAGAGGAAGACGAGGACCAGCAGACGUCGUCUCUGCGACCAGGAGAAGUAGAAUUCCUUAAGGUGGAAGAAAUUGAAGAAAAGUUGGAGGAGAAGCUCUCAGAUUGUCCCCCAGAAUUCCUGGCUGAGAUUGCCGUGGAACUGCACCGGCCGCUUCACCGGGAAUUCCAGCAGAUUGUCAAGUCGGUAUUCCUUCAAGCAUCUGGAACAGCCUCGGGGUCUGGUAGAAAGAAGACCCACGGAGAACUUCAGGAUAAGAUCAGUGGGCUUUGGACGAAUGCGAAAUUGUUCGAGAAAGCAUUGAGCUCAUUCAAUGAGGACACCCAAGGCCACCUGAGCAGACACCUCCUGAAGACAAUAUGCUCUGACAUUACCAAUCAAUGUUUCUGUGCUGUUGCUGUGGAGCAUAUGAUGUCCAUGGCAGACGAGUCCCAAAUGAACCCAGAAACACGUGUGAAACUCCUAGCCAAGCUACCAGAAGAUGUCAAAGGUCCCUUUAGUAAACUUCACACCUCACUGAAUUCCUCGAAUGUCGAUGCAUUUUUCAACUGUCUGGAUGAUGUCUGUGGUCCUUCACUUCUCGGUAUAAUGCUCAAGAAGCCAGACAAGAAGAAGGAAAGACAACUUGUGUUUAACCAUCGCCAGGCCCUCUUGGAGCAGGUGAGCUCGGAAGACGAUCAUGCCAUGGCGCUCCAUCUUGCUGUGGUAAUCUUGUACCUGACGUUCACGGGAAACAUGGUGCACGCCCCAGGACGGUGCGUCCCGCAGAUCAUCAUGUUCCUUGGGGAGUUGAUGCCCAAGGAGAGUCAUCAACUGCUGACACGCUGCCAAGAUCUGGUUGUCAAGUCGAUCAAGCUCCACGGUCCAGAUGACAAGGACGACCUCGGUACUAUCAACGCUGAGCUGAAGGAGCUGCUGCCCCAAAUCAAAGAAAUUGCAGUCAAGAUGAAAAAGUCUGCUGCAAAUGGCAAUAACAAGGAACCGUCGGAGAGCUGAUUGACUAUGAACUUUGAAAUGGUCAAUACACUUUUUUGCCCUUUGGUUUAGGCCUAUCAAACCCCCCUGAAAUCUGUUUCGUGGGGGUCAGCGUUAUCAAGACUUGCCCUUAUGACCCUUUGAUAAGAUGUAGAACAAUGGGAAUAUAGGCCUAGGUGUGAGCUGGCUUUGUUUAAAGACAAUGGCUAAUAUUUAUAAAGACUAGUACGUAAAUGCUUUUACUACAUUUUUUUACAGAGAUGGCUAGUGUAAAUGUACAUGAAGUUUAAAUUAAAAGCAUUUACUAGUCUUAUAUAAAUAUCAGCCAAUGUAUUGGGCUAGGCCUGAAUUCUUUUAAUUGCAAGUUACAUGUAAGGGCAAAAUAGCAAAAUGAUGACUAUAGAUUAUUUAUAUUCUGUGGUGCUGCAUCAAAAAAAAAGUUGUUUAAGAUAUUGAGUUGAGAGCUGAGCAUCAACUGGGGCAUUACUACUAUUAGCUCUCUCAACAAUUUUGGGCCAUUUGUAAUGUUAAGGAAGCAAAAAAGCUGUGAAUAUAGAUGUUAGAUGUGACAAUAUUUGCUCAGACAUGUCUGAUUAGCAGUUGUGAGGAAAUGCUAGAAAGAUGAUUCCGUGUACUGUCAGAUUGAGUGCUGUUGUCAAAGUCAGAAAUGGCUAAAGGAUUUCUUCUCAAAGAAAUAGCUAAGGAAUUUCUUAUCAAAUAAAUGGCUCAAGAACUUCUAAUCAAAGAAAUUGCUAGAAUUUUCUUUUAUACAUUUAUUGCUUAGUGCUAUUAUUAUUAUUAUUAUUCUUGUUCCGUACUCGUAAUCUAAUUAACUGACAACAGGCCCUACCUACUUUCUUUCAAACUACAUGUAUAACCGCCCAGAUGAUUCAGACCUAAAGCAAUAUUUUGUGUAACUUGUAUUUCUCUUCUAUUCAUUCGCCUGUCAAUUUUUUUUCUGUGCUAUCUCAGUAUGUUCUAAUAGGGAAUUAAAAAAUAAAAAUAUGUGCA